AUGAUAUUACCUGUACGAAAUCGGGUGCUCCGUGGCCUGGAGGAACACAGCUGGUCCAGCACGUCUUACAUCGUGGCCCUGUUCACCACGUGUCUGUUCGCGCCUCUUCUCGUCAUCAUCUACUCCUACUACCGGCUGUGGUACAAGGUGAAGGAAGGUUCGCGGAACCUGCCUGCGGCUAUGAGAAAGUCGAGUCAGAAGGAGCAGAAGAUCGCCAUGAUGGUGGUGGUGAUGAUCACGUGUUUCCUGGUGUGCUGGCUGCCGUACGGCGCCAUGGCCCUGGUGGUGAGUUUCGGCGGGGAGCGGCUGAUCUCGAACACCGCCGCCGUGGUGCCGGCUCUCAUGGCCAAGUCCAGCACCUGCUACAACCCGAUCGUCUACUUCGCCAUGAACAGCCAGUUCCGCCGCUACUUCCAGGAGCUACUGUGCUGCGGUCGCAGACUGUUUGAUGCCUCUGCGUCGGCAGGUACGUGUAACACAGCCGUGCCAGGGAAAAUUCGCAAGGUUUCCGGAAACCCAACUCUGACCAUGACAACGGACUGCCGAAGCAAACCGAAGGAUCUGUGAGCGACCACGCUUGUAAUGAUGAAUCAGAGAUGGAGGGAGCCCGGCAGGAUACGGCAUCGCAACAGUGGAUAGAGAUGCAAGCUGUCGCUAUCGUCGUGAAGGCUGUUGAAGUCGACACCGAUGCAGAAAAUACGCCAUAAUGUGAGACGACCAAUAUGUUAUGCUGAGGUCACAUUUCCAAACGAAAAGCACUAUAUAAAAGAAAACAAAACACAAAAAGGUUUAAAUAGAUAAUCAAAUAUACCAUUUGCGUAUAUUCCUGAUAAGAAUUCUUGUUUGUUUCAACGGUUCAUGCAAACAUCCCGGCCGGACCCGGUUUGGAAAUGUAUAAACCUCAGCAGAACUCACCCAUGACUUGCAGCGCCACCUAUCCGCGCACAUCUUUACUGCAGCAUUGUUGUAUGAGAGUCGCAGUAGUUGUGAUGCAGUGGAUAUAUACACUGAAUGGCAAGUUCAUAAGAGCAAUAAUAUUGUAAAAUAAUAGAAUCCC